UUUGUUACAAUUAUUAUAUUGCAACCAUCAACAAUUCACAGACACUCUUACCAAAAGAACGAAAAGGAAUCAUCCUAUUCUAAUAAGCUCCAUUCUUCUACACUGCUACAUGCUCCAAAUGCCUUCAUGUUCUUGAGUUUUGUGCCUCCCUCUGCAGAUUCAAUCUGAUUCUAUUCUGCUCAAUAAAGAAAAGAAUUGAUUAACAGUUUAGUUACAUAGAUGACAGAGAAGAAAACAUAUUCUUUUUGUGGCUUCCUAUUGCUUUCUCUCUUCGUCCUUCUUUCAGUUGAAGUUAUUGUUGGUGAGGAUUCUUUGGAAACUGAUAAACAAGUUCUUUUGGAGUUGAAAGCAUAUCUUGAUAGCAAAACAUUUGAAGACCAUGGAAAUUAUGUGUAUUGGAACAGAAGCACUAGUCCAUGUGAAUGGCCAGGAAUAUGGUGCACCCACAUCAAUGGAACCACCAAUAGGGUGGUUGGAAUAGACCUCUCCGGCAGCGAAAUCACCGGCGAGAUUUUCAACAACUUCUCAAUGCUAACUGAGCUAACACACCUUGAUCUGUCUCAGAACACACUCUUCGGUGACAUUCCUGAAGAUCUAAGGCAUUGCCAGAAGCUCAUUCAUCUCAACAUCUCACAUAACAUUCUUGCUGGUGAGUUGAACUUGACAGGUUUCAGAACAUUGAAGACUCUGGACUUGUCUGUGAAUAGGCUUUAUGGCGAGAUUGGCGUGAAUCUUUUCGCCAGCGCCUGCAAUGCCUUGGUUACUCUCAAUGUCUCAGGGAAUAACUUGACUGGUGGAAUUGGUGGCUGGCUUGAUCAGUGUCCUAUGCUGCAGAACUUGGAUUUGAGCACAAACAAUCUGAGUGGAGGAUUAGGGAACGGUUUCGCUAGGCUGAAGGAGUUUUCGGUUGCAGAAAAUCAUCUCAGUGGGAAUGUUUCAUCAGAGGCUUUUCCCCUGGAUUGUAGCCUUGUGGAACUAGACCUUUCGCUGAAUGGUUUCGUUGGCGAGGCGCCAAAGGGUGUUGCAAACUGCAAGAAUCUAACAAUUCUGAAUCUUUCCAGCAACAAUUUCUCUGGUGGAAUCCCAAUUGAGAUAGGAUCAAUCUCAGGCCUAAAAGGAUUGUACUUGGGGAACAAUAGCUUCUCAAGAGAUAUACCUCAGAGUCUUUUGAAUCUUGCCAAUUUGGUUCUUUUGGAUUUGAGCAGAAACAAUUUUGGUGGGGAAGUUCAAGAAAUUUUUGGGGAAUUUAAGCAACUGAGCUUUCUUGUGUUGCACUCAAAUCACUACACUGGAGGAUUGAUUUCCUCAGGGAUCCUUAAACUGCCAAAAGUUUCGCAGUUAGAUCUAAGCUUCAACAACUUUUCAGGUCCAUUGCCUGUUGAGAUCACUCAGAUGGCAAGCCUUCAGUUCUUGAUGUUGUCCUACAACCAGUUCAGCGGUCCAAUUCCGGCUGAAUUUGGAAACAUGGCUCACCUUCAAGCACUAGACCUUGCCUACAACAAUCUGAAUGGUUCAAUCCCACCAAGCCUUGGCAAAAUGAGUUCCCUCUUAUGGCUAAUGCUGGCGGAUAAUUCGCUAAGCGGCGAAAUCCCACCGGAGUUGGGAAACUGCACAAGCUUGUUAUGGUUGAACCUUGCAAACAACAAGCUGAGUGGGAAUUUGCCUCCUGAGUUGUCCAAGAUUGGAAGGAAUGCAAUGACAACAUUCGAAUUGAAUCGAAAAAGUGAGCAAAUCCUUUCUGGCUCAAGUGAGUGCCUUGCAAUGAGAAGAUGGAUGCCGGCAGAUUAUCCUCCAUUCAGCUUUGUGUAUAGUAUCUUGACAAGGAAGAAUUGUAGGGGACUCUGGUACAAACUCCUCACAGGAAAUGGCAUUUUCCCAUUUUGCCCCCCGGGCGCCUCGCUUAGCAAGCCUCAGAUAUCAGGCUAUGUUCAGCUGAGUGGGAACAAUCUUUAUGGAGAGAUUCCUUCAGUGAUUGGAACAAUGGUGAAUUUCAGCAUGCUGCAUUUGGGAUUCAACAAUUUCUCUGGAAAGUUCCCUGCUGCAAUGGGUACCAUGUCACUUGUGGUUUUAAACAUCACCAUGAACAAAUUCUCAGGUGAAAUUCCAAGUGAAGUUGGAAACAUGAGAUGCCUUCAGAAUCUUGAUUUUUCUUCCAACAAUUUCUCAGGGCAAUUUCCAACAAGUCUGAACAGUUUAACUGAGCUUAACAAGUUCAACAUAUCAUUCAAUCCCUUAAUAACUGGUGUAGUUCCAUCAACUGGACAAUUUGUUACAUUUGACAUGAAUUCAUAUCUAGGUGACCCUCUAUUAGUCCUUCCAAACUUCAUUUACAACAUCACAGGUGAUAAGAACACAACCUUGCACAAAUACCAUAAGAAGAAGGAAUCAAAGUUGUCUGUGUUCUUGGGUUUUGCAGCUAUAACACUGGCUUUCAUGGUGUUUGGCCUUCUUACAAUUAUAGUCUGUGCAUUGAGGAAAAGUCCCUUGGAAGAUCCUGGAUACCUCUUGAGGGAAGCUAAACAAUCUCAUGAUUCAAGCAGCUCUGCAUCUUCACCAUGGUUAUCGGACACGGUCAAGGUAAUCCGGUUAAACAAGACGGCUUUUACACACGACGAUAUCUUGAAGGCCACUGGAAACUUCUCAGAGGACAGGAUCAUAGGAAAAGGAGGAUUCGGAACGGUUUACAAGGGAGUUUUUCAAGAUGGAAGAAUUGUUGCAGUGAAGAAGCUUCAAAGAGAAGGAAUUGAAGGCGAAAAGGAGUUUAGAGCAGAAAUGGAAGUUCUGAGUGGUCAUGGAUUUGGUUGGCCUCAUCCAAACCUUGUCACGCUCUAUGGAUGGUGCUUAAAUGGUUCAGAAAAGAUACUAGUUUAUGAGUACAUAGAAGGUGGAACAUUGGAGGAUCUAAUCACUGAUAGAACAAGUUUUACAUGGAGAAGAAGAUUAGAAGUUGCAAUUGAUGUUGCAAAAGCACUAGUCUAUUUGCACCAUGAAUGUUACCCUCCAAUUGUUCAUAGAGACGUUAAAGCUAGCAAUGUGUUAUUGGAAAAAGAUGGAAAAGCAAAAGUCACAGAUUUUGGAUUAGCAAGAGUUGUUGAUGUUGGAGAUAGCCAUGUUAGUACAGUGGUGGCUGGAACAGUUGGUUAUGUUGCACCAGAAUAUGGACAAACAUGGCAGGCUACAACAAAAGGUGAUGUGUAUAGUUUUGGAGUGCUGGCUAUGGAGUUGGCCACAGGGAGAAGAGCAGUGGAUGGAGGUGAAGAGAGCUUGGUGGAGUGGGCGUGGCGUGUCGUCGGACGCGGACGGCUCGGCCGGGCCCUACCGGUUUCAGUGAUGGGGUCAGGGCUUGUUGGUGGUGCAGAAGAGAUGAGUGAAGUGCUUAGAAUUGGUGUGAAGUGCACUGCUGAGGCACCAUAUGCUAGGCCUAAUAUGAAGGAAGUUCUUGAUAUGUUGAUUGGGAUAUACUACUCCAAAGGUUAUCCUUCAAGCCAUGGAAUCAUUGUUUAGUCUCUCUCAUUUUUGUAGUUAAAAAAAUGUGCAUAGUGUUCUGUUAAGAUGUAGUUUAGUCUUAGAUAUAAAAUGUUUCAUGCAGAAAAUUUCAUUCAUUGUGUUAACAUUGUUCUGAGAAUUAAGAGAUGUCUUUUGUUUCUUAUUUCAAUUGUUACCUAGA